AUGGAACUGGAUCUGGAGCUAAUGCGAUCUGCGUCUCCUUCGUUAUCUAGGAUGGAAUUCGACUUUGACGCAAUUGAGGAGGAGGACAGUCCGUUCCCCGAGGUUCGCGCGUCCGUGUCGAAUAUUGACGACCCGGAUAUGCCUGCUAUGACGAUCAGGAUGUGGUUCGUCGGGCUGCUGCUCUGCAUGGUCAGCAGUGCGCUGAACGUGUUCUUCAACUUCCGCUCGCCGGCGCCGACGAUCGUGCCGCUUGCGCUGCUCCUCGUGUCGUACCCCUUUGGCAAGUUCCUCGCGUUCACGUUGCCCAUCAACACAUACCGCGUGCCGCUGCCGCACCUCCCACGGCGCAUGCUCCCGUUGCAUCAGCCGUCCUUUGCGCCCUUCCGUCUUAUCACGAACCUUCUCCUGCCGCUGACGUACCCGCGCACGCUCGAGUUCUCGCUCAACCCUGGACCAUGGAAUAUCAAGGAACACGCGUCUGUGUACAUCAUGGCGAACGUGUCCACGACGAGCCCGUACGCGCUCAACGCGAUCGUCGUCGCGGAGGUGUUUUACCACAUCAAGCUUGGAUACUGGUUCGGACUGACGCUCGUGCUCGCGACGCAGCUCGUCGGGUUCGGGCUCGCGGGGCUGUGCAGGCGGUUCCUCGUCUGGCCAGCGAGCAUGGUGUGGCCGCAGAAUCUCGUGGCGUGCACACUGCUCAACACGCUCCAUGCGGAGGACGAGGACGACGGGAUCGGGAUCGUAGGCUACGUCGGCGGCGGACCGGGCGCCAAGGGUAUGUCGCGAUAUAGGUUCUUUGUGAUCACGACGCUGGCGGGGUUCGUGUUCUUUGUGCUGCCUGGGUACUUGUUUGAGGCGCUCUCGGUGUUCUCGUUUAUUUGUUGGGCGGCGCCGAAUAAUGUGCCGGUUAAUCAGCUGUUUGGGGUGCAUUCGGGAUUGGGUAUGAGUGUGCUCACGUUUGAUUGGACACAGAUUAGUUGGAUUGGGAGUCCGUUGAUGGUUCCUUGGUGGGCAGAGGUGCAUAUCUUUGUUGGAUUCGUGUUGUUCUACUGGAUCCUCACGCCAGUGCUGUAUUACACCAACUCAUGGAACCUGGCCUACUUCCCCAUCUCCGCCAACGAGCCAUACGACCGCUUCGGGAACACAUACAACGUCACCCGCGUCCUGCGGUCCAACGACACCUUUGACGAAGCCGCAUACAACGACUACUCCCCGCUCUACCUGCCCGCAACAUACACCAUCACAUACCUACUCGCAUUCGCCCUAUCCACCUGCGUCAUCGUGCACACGGCGCUGUACCACGGCCGCACGCUGCUCAACGGGUUCAAGAAGAUCAGAGUCGAAAAGGAUGAUAUCCAUGCGAAGCUCAUGAGGAAUUACCCGGAAGUACCUGAUUGGUGGUUUUUGAUUGCGGUUGGUGUGUUUUUCUCGUUGGGGGUUGUCACGGUUGAGGUGUGGUCGACGGAUGUGCCGGUCUGGGCGCUGUUGUUGAGUAUUUUGCUUCCGAUCACACUUAAUUUGCUAGCGCAAAUUAUUCCGGGGACGUUGUUACCUGGUAAACCGCUUGCGAAUAUGGUGUUCAAGUCGUAUGCGGUCCAGACGCUCUCGGCGGGCACGUCGUUCGUGCAGGAUCUCAAGUUGGGACAUUAUGUCAAGGUGCCGCCGCGUGCGACGUUCAUGGUGCAAAUGGUGGCGACGACGCUAGCGGCGUUUGUGCAGGUUGGCGUGAAGGAGUGGAUGUUCUCGAAUGUGCCGGAUAUUUGCCAGAAGGACCAGCCGUCGCAGUUGACAUGCCCGCAUAACCAGGUGUUCUACACCGCGUCUGCAGUUUGGGGUCUUAUUGGACCUACGCGCCAAUUCGGGACAGGGUCCAUUUAUCACCCGCACUUGUACGCGAUCAUCGUCGGCGCGUUCCUCCCACUCCCAUUCUUCUUCUGGCAGCGGCGCUAUCCAAAAUCGUGGGUGCGCUACGUGAGCACGCCCGUCGUGCUGAACGGGGUAUCAUACAUCCCUCCUGCGACGGGCAUCAACUACUCGUCUUGGUUCGCGGUCGGGUUCGUGUUCCAGUAUUUGAUCCGCAAGAAGAACUUUGCGUGGUGGAGCAAGUUUAACUAUGUGCUGAGCUCGGCGCUGGAUAGCGGCACUGUGAUUAGUGUGAUGCUUAUUUUCUUCACGCUGCAGUUCCCCAAGGGGGGCAAGAUUGUGUUGAAUUGGUGGGGCAAUACGGUGUAUACAGAGACUGCUGAUUGGAAUAGGACGCCAUUUUUGCCUAUUCCGGAUGGAGGGGUGGUGUGGAAGGGAUGGACGCCUGUGCCGCUUCCGACACCAACAGCUACAUGA